CGUCAUUAAAUCUCGCGAGUAAGGACGCAGUGUGGGAGGAAAGAUGGCGGCCUCCUUGGUGAGAUUUGUCCGCUGCGGUUUAGGCAGAAGUCUAAAUGUCGCUAAACCGAGCGCUGCGUUUGUCCAAACCAGAACAACAACAACCGAGACCAAGCCUACUGUAAGGCCGAAGGAUCCAGUCACUCACACUCAGCUGUCAGAAUUUGGAGAAUAUAUUGCAGAAAUGCUUCCCAAAUAUGUGCAGCAAGUUCAGGUGACUAGCUAUAAUGAGCUGGAGGUAAUGAUCCACUCAGAUGGGGUUAUACCUGUUCUCACCUUCUUGAGGGAUCACACAAAUGCUCAGUUCCGCAACAUGAUUGACCUUACAGCUGUGGAUGUCCCGACAAGGCAGUACCGCUUUGAGCUUGUGUAUAAUCUUCUCUCCCUGCGCUAUAACUCUCGUAUCCGAGUGAAGACCUACACUGAUGAGCUAACUCCUGUUGAAUCCUCUGUCCCUGUGCACCAGGCAGCUAACUGGUAUGAGAGAGAGGUUUGGGACAUGUUUGGAGUUUUCUUCGCAAAUCAUCCAGACCUAAGACGCAUCUUAACAGAUUAUGGAUUCGAGGGACAUCCAUUCAGGAAAGACUUUCCUUUGUCUGGAUAUGUGGAGGUACGUUAUGAUGAUGAAGUGAAGCGGGUUGUGGCUGAACCUGUCGAGCUUGCACAGGAGUUUCGUAAGUUUGACUUGAACAGUCCCUGGGAAGCAUUUCCUGCAUACCGGGAGCCAAAAGACACACCCAAGCUGGAGUCUGGGGAUAAACCAGCCAAGUAACCCCGUCAUGUAUGACCCAGGAGAGCUGUAAUCAUACCCUUAGAUUAAUCCUCAGAAGGAUAUUAUGUAAAAAAAAAAAAAGACUCUGUACUACAUCUAAUUAAAAAAUUUAAAACCGGGCUUGUCUCUGCAUCUCAUUUUAAGACAUUUCUAAUUGAUACUUUUUUGUAGUAGUUUUGCUCCGUAUUAAAUCUUAAAGUUUGUAACCCUUUAUGUGUUAAAAUACUUUUUCCAUAUCCCAGCUUAAUAUACAGUAACAACUGUAAGUGAGCCAUUUAUUGGUACAUUUUCUCUGUGGCUCUAUACAAAUUCCCCAGAUUGCUUUGAGUGACCCGUCCAUACUGACAGUAAUAUCGACUCAUCCAAUGGCAUGAGUUGGGGCGGGACUAUCUGUUUGUUUGAUCAACAGAUGAUGGGGUGUAUUCAGAAAACAAAAUGUUUUUGUUUGUUUAUUUAUUUAUUUUCAAUUUAGUUUGGAGCUCAGAAAUUACUCCUUUCAUCUUUAACAAAAUUUAAAAACAUUCAACCUUGAUAAUUUAAAACACAACAGUGACGAUGCACACAUUAAAAUAAGCUCUUAAAUUGAUUUUUUCUGAACUGUGCUACAUCAAGUUUAUUGUGCAUAUGUGUUGUGACAUUGUAAGAGAUUGCUUAUUAAAAUAAAGAUUUGUAAAUUAUAUUCCAAAUGCAUAACUAAUGUGGUUUUACUGUUCACAUUUGUUCUCUUUGGUAGUUUAAAAUAAUUUGCACAAUUUCUGCAAAUUCUCAUAAUACUAGUCAUUUUAACUUUAAAGCAGUUCAACACUGCACAACUAAUAAUGUAGGUACAAAUAAUAAACAUUUUAGUUGUUAAAAAUACUUUUUAUAAUGGGUACACCUGUUUUCUAUUACUCUUCUAAUUCAAGUUGUUAAAUAUGCAACCUAAAGCCUCAAGGGGUUUAGACAUAGAGUUAUGUAUUCAAAAGAUAAUAAAUAAUAUUUAUGUUAUUUAAUAUUGAGUUUUACCCACUAAUUAUUUUUAAUUGGCAUUCAGUAAUGUAAUUGCACACAGGAAAUGUAUAGGUAAGAGACCCUCACCAUAAUUAACUGCAGCUUUUCCAUUUACCAAUCUGUGGCAAACAGUCAGCUACUCCGUGAGUACAUAUAAAUUACUUUGUGGUGACGAAUAAUCCAGCAUUUCUGAUGCCUUCUGCUAAUGUGUUCUCAUUCCUUUAUGAGAGGGGCUCUUCUAUAGUCAUUUGUUCGGCCAUUACAUUUUUUUUGCUUAUUUAUUGUGCCAUAAUAGUUUGUAUUAUUAUAUAUGUGUAUUAAUGUAAAGGUCAUAAAUUGUUUGUGUAACUAUAGUAUAACAGGCCAUUUGAUCUCAUUGAUUCAGAAAUUUUCACCAUUUUUCUGUUUUUAAUAAUGUGAAUUCAUCCCAUUUAUUAACUGAAAAUAUUUUUUAUUCAAAAGCAUUUGUUUGUCCAAGGACUUUUCUCACCCUCUGACAGUCCUUUUGCAGAAAUUGCAAUCUUGUGUCUUGCUUAGUACACGUCUUUGAGCUAUUGAAAUUAAAUGUUUGCACGUUGUUUAAAUAAACAUUUC